CAGCUGUUUAAUUCAAAAAUGACUGAAACGUGUUCUGGUUUGUGUCGUGGAGCAGCGGCGGCCUGAACUGUUUUAUAAAGUUAAAAUUGGCGUGUUUCUGUCUUUUUGAGCUGCAUAUAGACGCUCUAAUGGAUUUCUGCAGGAGAGAGAAAAAGCACUGCAAAGCUUAUGGAGAUCCUGGAGCUCACAGGGCCUUUGGGCUGUUCACAGGAGCCAAACCGCAAAACGUUUGGAAACACAUCACAGGGACGGGAGGUGGUGAGGCUGUUCUAGCAGACCGAGUGUGCGUGUGAUGGAGUGAGCAUGGCUUUAGCACUAGCAGCACUGUGUGAGGUUUGAGCGGGCCGGUCACAUGUUUAACAGGUCAGUGAUGAACACACAGUGGUAUGAUGACCUCCACUGGACCCACGGCAGAUGGUUCGGGCACAGCCUGCUCUCCGCUGGUUAGCAGAAUGCUGUUUGCUCCAGAGCAGCAGGAUCCUCUGGCUGCCGUGCCCAGCGUUGAUGAGCUCAGUCUGAGCCUGCUGUCUCUGAGCUUCCCCUGCUGGAACCAGCAGCCCUGGAGCCGCCCAGAGUCCCAGCGGCCGACCCAACCCUGCUCCCAAACGCCCGCGUUGGAUCUCUUGGGUGCUUCAGAAGGCGGUGAUUCGGGUCAGCAGCACGCUUUCCAGGCCCACGAGUCUGCAUCUGGAAAUCCACUGGAGCACUUCUCCAGCCUGAUGGCGGCACUCGAACCUCACUCUCUGCUGCACUCGGGAUCCAGCAGCCCCGUCAACUCUGAGAACAGCGCGAUCUCGUCAGGAUCCGACCACCUGGUCUCUCUCAGAGUUUCUCCUCCGUUGCCCCUGAUGCUUCCCGGACUGCAGGCGGAGGGUGUGAAACUGGACACAGAUGCCUGUUUUGAGCAGAACCCCCUGAACACCUUCACGAAUGCUUCCAGUGCUCGGGCCGAGGGGUCAGUGGUUGGGUGCUGGUCCACAGGUCCUGUCUGGUCCGGCUGGGACACUUUGGGCUUGAACAAACCCACGUUCUGCAUCGAGAGAGAGGCGAAACUGCAUAAACAAGCUGCAGCCGUAAAUGAAGCCACUUACACCUGGGAAGGACGCCUUCCUCCACGCCACUACAAAAACCCUGUUUACUCCUGUAAAGUGUUUCUGGGAGGAGUGCCAUGGGACAUCACAGAGGCGAGUCUGUUGAACACAUUUAGUGUUUUUGGUCCAUUGAAAGUUGAGUGGCCUGGUAAAGAUGGUAAACAUCCACGCUGUCCUCCGCAAGGUUAUGUGUAUCUGCUGUUUGACUGGGAGAAGUCAGUGAAGACGCUCCUGCAGGCCUGUGCUCAGCACCGCCUGCAGUCUGACGAUUAUCUCGAGUUCUACGUCAAACUGUCCAGCAGGCGGAUCCACAGCAAAGAUGUGCAGGUCAUCCCGUGGGUGAUCUCAGACAGCAAUUUCAUCCGCUGUCCAUCCCAGCGUCUCUGCCGCAGUAAGACGGUGUUUGUGGGUGCUCUGCAUGGGAUGCUAAACGCAGAGGGUCUGGCCCACAUCAUGGACGAGCUCUUCGGAGGGGUCAUGUACGCAGGCAUCGACACAGACAAGCACAAAUAUCCCAUAGGUCUGUUGUAUUUUCACUCAGAAAUUGGUAGUAAAUUUCAUUUGAAAGCCGUGACUGCAGCGUUUGUGCAGAUUAAAACCUGCAAGUUUACCAAGAAGGUCCAGAUUGACCCGUAUCUGGAUGACUCCAUGUGCCAAAUAUGUAACAGUCAGCCCGGCCCGUUCUUCUGUAGGGCUCAGGCCUGUUUUAAAUACUACUGUCGGUCAUGCUGGCAUUGGCAGCAUUCUCUGGACGUGUUGAGCAGCCAUCAGCCUCUCAUGCGCAACCAGAAGGGCCUGAACCCCAAAUAAACCCACCGCUGCCGGCGUGGGGAAGAGUCCGGACUGAGUUCACUGUUUUGGGGAAGGAUGUUAGCGUGAGUCAAGGGCGACUCACUUGAGGAAGUCACUGCGUUGUAUUGCACUGCUCUCGUUCUCGUUCAUUAAGGCUCUAUGCACACUAAAGGGUUCGUUGAUGGUGACCUGUUUGCACAGCUAACCAGACAGCCAUCGCCAUGGAGAUCUGAUUUUAAAGAGUUGUGUUUUAGAUUUUGCAUGCACAGAUUAUUAGUUUAUCUCGCAGGCUUGACUCUCUGAUGCAGGCAAAAGACAGUCGGUGCCUUCGGCUUCUCUUUUGUUACCAGUGUUUGAAUACCAUUAUUUUGGUUUAUUUUAUUGAUUUUUAAGGUGGUUUUACCUGCUUUUCUACUGCUGGUUUAGGUCAUAGCAUAUGAAACAGAUUUUUUAAGUUAACAAGCGUCUUUUCCUGUAGGGCCUUUUUUAUUUUCCCUUUUUAACGCUCUAUUAAAUGGUUGAUGAGCAUCUUGGCUUGUGAAAUGUUCUAGGAAGUGACAUCACAGCUGGCUGAUGCUGUUGCUUAGCAACCACCCUGCCAUCAUCCAUCAGAUCGGAUACAUGUUAGCAACUCUGGAUGGUUCUGUGCUGUAUAUAGUUUUUAUCAAAUCAUAGCACUUUUUUUUUAACGUAGCACUAGGGAAAUGUUUGCCAGUGGUUUUAAAAUCGUUUGUUUGAGCAGAUAGAGGUGGAAUUCUCACGUUGAGUUUGGUGUUUUGUGUUAAACCCUCCUAACCUUAGUUAGCCGCUCUGGUUUCUCGCUGAAGCUGUGCCAAAGAGUAUAAUCUCUUCCUCGUUGCCUUUUGCAGCCGCUUUUUAGAAUUUCAAAGUCUCUACCUCAUUGCUCUGCAAGUAUUGCCUUGGUUAUUUACAAAUGUUCAGAUUGGACAAAAUAAAGUUGUUG